CCCCGGGCAGCUUUCGUCGCUAAGCGGAGCGUCGGCCAGGCCCGGCCCGGCCCGGCCCGGCCCGGCCCGGCCAGCGGGCAGAUGCCCCGAGCUGCGGCGGCCGCCGACUCGGGUCCGGCCGGUGGCGGCGUGGGAGGCGGGCGCCAGGCCCGCGGCCGCCGAGUGUGACUGACGGGGCAGGGGCCGCCGGGCGGCGGCGGCUCCGCGCGGACCAUGUAUUUCCUGAGCGGCUGGCCCAAGAGGCUGCUCUGCCCGCCGGGGAGCCCGGCCGAGGCGCCUUUCCACAUCCAGGCCGACCCCCAGAGGACCUUCUUCGCUGUGCUGGCCCCGGCGCGCCUCAGCAUCUGGAACAGUCGCCCUAGUGUGUUAAUUGUAAACUACAAUGAACCUGCAAAAUCAUCUUCUCAGUUUGGAUUCUACAAACAAGCUGAAUGGAGGCCAGAUAGUACCAUGAUAGCUGUGUCAACAGCAAAUGGCUAUAUCUUAUUUUUUCAUAUUACUUCUGCAAGAGGAGACAAGUUCCUUUAUGAACCAGUGUAUCCCAAAGGGAGUCCACAAAUGAAGGGGACACCACAUUUUAAGGAAGAACAGUGUGCUCCAGCAUUGAAUUUAGAGAUGAAGAAAAUACUGGAUUUGCAAGCACCCAUCAUGAGUUUUCAGUCUGUGUUGGAAGAUCUCUUAGUUGCUACUUCUGAUGGACUUCUUCAUCUUAUUCACUGGGAAGGGAUGACCAAUGGAAGGAAAGCCAUUAAUCUUUGUACAGUACCCUUUUCAGUGGACCUGCAGUCAUCUAGAGCUGGUCCACUCCUUGGCUUUUCUGAUGUGCAUGUAAGAGACAUGGAAUACUGUGCCACACUUGAUGGUUUUGCUGUUGUGUUUAACGAUGGUAAAGUUGGAUUUAUUACACCAGUGUCAAGUAGAUUUACUGCAGAGCAGCUUCAUGGAGUUUGGUCACAAGAUGUUGUUGACGGGACUUGUGUUGCAGUAAAUAACAAAUACCGACUAAUGGCAUUUGGCUGUGCAAGUGGUUCUGUACAAGUUUAUACAAUAGAUAACACCACUGGAGCUAUGCUACUAUCUCAUAAACUAGAGCUUACAGCCAAACAGUAUCCUGACAUUUGGAACAAAACAGGUGCUGUUAAGUUGAUCAGAUGGUCUCCUGACAAUAGUGUUGUAAUAGUGACUUGGGAAUAUGGAGGCCUUUCUUUAUGGAGUGUUUUUGGAGCUCAGCUGAUCUGUACACUGGGUGGAGAUUUUGCCUAUAGGUCUGAUGGUACCAAAAAAGAUCCCCUUAAGAUUAACUCUAUGAGCUGGGGUGCAGAAGGCUAUCACCUGUGGGUAAUCAGUGGAUUUGGUUCUCAAAAUACUGAAAUUGAGUCUGAUCCCAAGAGUCUAGUUAAACAACCUGGGAUUCUGCUAUUUCAGUUUAUCAAAAGUGUGCUCACUGUAAACCCCUGUAUGAGUAACCAAGAGCAAGUAUUGCUUCAGGGGGAAGAUCGAUUAUACUUGAACUGUGGAGAGACCUCACAAACACAGAACCCCAGAAAUUCUUCAACACACUCUGAGCGUAAACCUUGUCGAGGAAAGAGCCCAUUUGCAGUUGGCGGUUUAGAGUCUCAGGGUCUAAGCACUUUACUUGGACAUCGGCAUUGGCAUGUGGUACAGAUUUCCAGCACGUAUCUAGAGAGCAAUUGGCCUAUACGGUUUUCAGCUAUUGAUAAAGUUGGACAGAAUAUUGCUGUGGUUGGCAAGUUUGGUUUUGCACAUUACUCUUUACUCACCAAAAAAUGGAAACUUUUUGGAAACAUUACCCAGGAGCAAAAUAUGAUUGUGACAGGUGGCUUAGCCUGGUGGAAUGACUUUAUUGUCCUUGCAUGUUAUAACAUAAAUGACCGUCAAGAGGAGCUCAGAAUUUACUUACGAACAUCCAAUCUGGACAAUGCCUUUGCUCAUGUCACCAAAGCACAAGCAGAAACAUUACUGCUUAGUGUCUUCCGGGACAUGGUAAUAGUAUUUAGAGCAGACUGUUCAAUAUGCCUUUACAGUAUCGAAAGGAAAUCUGAUGGUCCAAACACGACUGCUGGUGUUCAGGUUCUUCAGGAAGUUUCCAUGUCACGCUACAUUCCUCACCCUUUUCUGGUAGUCUCAGUCACACUGACAUCCGUGAGUACAGAGAAUGGAAUCACCUUGAAAAUGCCACAACAGGCUCGUGAUGCAGAGAGUAUUAUGCUAAAUCUUGCAGGACAGCUUAUCAUGAUUCAGAGGGACAGAUCAGGCCCCCAGAUCCGGGAGAAGGACAGUAACCCUAACCAAAGGAAACUUCUACCAUUCUGCCCUCCUGUUAUACUAGCACAGUCUGUUGAAAAUGUCUGGACUACAUGUCGAGCAAAUAAAGAAAAACGUCACCUUCUGGAGGCCCUCUGGCUAAGUUGUGGUGGUGCAGGGAUGAAAGUUUGGCUCCCACUUUUCCCGAGGGAUCACCGCAAGCCCCAUUCUUUCUUGUCACAGAGGAUCAUGCUGCCUUUCCAUAUCAACAUCUACCCCCUGGCUGUUCUGUUUGAAGAUGCUUUAGUCCUUGGUGCUGUCAAUGACACUUUACUCUAUGAUUCUCUGUAUACUCGAAACAGUACUAGGGAACAGCUAGAGGUGCUCUUCCCUUUCUGUGUUGUUGAGAGAACCUCUCAGAUCUACCUCCAUCACAUUCUACGCCAGCUGCUGGUCCGGAACCUUGGGGAGCAAGCCUUGCUCCUAGCACAGUCCUGUGCUUCAUUACCUUACUUCCCUCACGUUCUGGAGCUCAUGCUUCACGAAGUGCUGGAAGAAGAAGCUACCUCACGGGAGCCCAUUCCCGACCCUCUGCUUCCCACUGUGGCAAAAUUUAUCACCGAAUUCCCCCUUUUCCUGCAGACAGUUGUUCAUUGUGCCAGGAAAACUGAAUAUGCCCUGUGGAAUUACCUUUUUGCAGCUGUUGGAAAUCCCAAGGACUUGUUUGAGGAAUGUUUGAUGGCUCAGGAUUUGGACACAGCUGCCUCUUACCUAAUUAUUUUACAGAAUAUGGAAGUCCCAGCAGUAAGUCGGCAACAUGCCACUCUUCUUUUCAACACUGCCUUGGAACAAGGGAAGUGGGACCUCUGUCGACAUAUGAUUCGAUUUCUAAAAGCCAUUGGCUCUGGAGAAUCGGAGACACCUCCAUCCACACCUACAACUCAGGAACCCGGUUCAAGUGGUGGAUUUGAAUUCUUCAGGAAUAGAAGCAUCAGUUUAUCCCAGUCAGCUGAAAAUGUUCCUGCUAGUAAAUUCAGUUUACAGAAAACAUUAAGUAUGCCAUCUGGUCCUUCUGGAAAGAGGUGGAGCAAAGAUAGCGACUGUGCUGAAAACAUGUAUAUUGACAUGAUGCUCUGGAGACAUGCUCGGCGCCUCUUGGAAGAAGUUCGGCUGAAAGAUCUUGGCUGUUUUGCUGCUCAGCUUGGUUUUGAACUAAUUAGUUGGCUGUGCAAGGAACGUAACCGAGCUGCCCGGGUAGACAACUUUGUAAUAGCGCUAAAGAGACUUCAUAAAGACUUCCUGUGGCCAUUUCCCAUCAUCCCAGCCUCUUGUAUCAGUUCUCCUUUCAAGAAUGGAAAAUACCGACCAGUGGGAGAGCAGCUAUUAAAGUCCCAAUCAGCUGACCCUUUUUUAAACCUUGAGAUAGAUGCUGGCAUCUCUAAUGUCCAACGAAGUCAGAGCUGGCUCAGCAACAUUGGCCCCACCCAUCAUGAAAUCGACACGGCCUCAUCCCAUGGACCACAAAUGCAAGAUGCCUUCCUGUCACCUUUAUCUAAUAAAGGUGAUGAAUGCAGUAUUGGGUCAGCCACAGACUUGACUGAAAGCAGCUCCAUGGUGGAUGGGGACUGGACAAUGGUGGAUGAAAAUUUUUCUACACUCAGUUUAACUCAGUCAGAGCUAGAGCACAUUUCCAUGGAGUUAGCAAGUAAAGGGCCUCACAAAUCCCAGGUCCAGCUUCGGUAUUUGCUACACAUCUUUAUGGAGGCAGGGUGUCUGGACUGGUGCACUGUCAUAGGCUUGAUUCUUAGAGAAUCUUCAAUAAUCAACCAGAUUUUGGUUAUUAUACAGUCUUCAGAGGUAGAUGGAGAGAUGUUACAGAAUAUAAAAACAGGACUGCAUGCAGUAGAUCGAUGGGCCUCCACAGAUUGCCCUGGAUAUAAGCCAUUUUUAAACGUCAUUAAGCCACAGCUGCAGAAGAUCAGUGAAAUAACGGAAGAACAGGUACAGCCUGAAGCCUUCCAGCCAGUAACUGUGGGUAAGACUCCUGAACAGACAAGCCCCAGGGCAGAGGAGACCAGGGGCUCCUCAGGCCAUGGAAGUAUCCCCCAGAGUGAAGUUGGAGGCAAUAGUAUGGUCAGCCGCAAAGAAGAGGACGCAGCCAGAGCAGAGGAGGAACCUUUUCAGGACGGAACUUAUGACUGUUCUGUAUCUUAACAACAGUGUUCAUCACCACAGGCAGUAUUAGCGGCAACAGCAUCUGGCUGAGGACACUGUGUUUCGGCAGGAUUUUAACCAUUAAGAGAAUUCAGCUCAGACUGGUAAAGUAUUAUUCAAUCUCAACUUUUUUUUCCUUUAAGAAAUCUUUGACCCCAUAAAAAUGUGGUAGCAAAUUUUUCAAUGGCAUUUUUUUAACUGGAGUGGAAAGUAAUAAAGAAUGCUGUACAUAUGUACAUGAGAAUAUUUUGGCUUUGUUGUUAAGUGUUGGUAGCUCUUGACCCAUAGGGACUAUUUUGCUCCAGAUGAGGAUGCUUUUUCACUACUUGUCCUUUCUUAAAUGUUUUCUGGUUCCAUGUGUCCAGAUUACUUCUUAAAAGCAAGUCCUGAGGUGCUUGCUGCAGCCCAUUAGGGACCUAUGCCAUCUUUGUCAGGCCCCUUGAUCAGGCAUACUUGGUGUCCUUGGGCCUCCUGACUAGAUACUCACUGGUGUGAUGGAAACUUGCUUUUUGGCUUCUCUCGUCUGUUAAAUUCCAGCCCUGAGUGGGUGAGAGCACCUGUGGGUCAGUGUGCAUGCUUUAUGUAGCAAGCUUGAGUCCUGCAACAGCGGUGUGGGCAGAGACCUGAACAAGUCUUAUCAUGCUUUCAGAUACCACUAAACUGUUUUGUACUUUUUUUGUAAAUACUUUUAUGUAAAUUUGCACAGAGGGAUUAUUGUUCAGAUUUGUAGAACUUCUAUUAUGAUUUGUAAAGUUUUACGCUGGAUUCUGCAUGGCUGUAGAUACUCACUACUGGUAUAAAAAUAGGGCUUGCUCUUCUUUCCAGUAUGAGCAUCUUCUUAAGACAGGUUUACUGGUUUGGUCAUAAAAUAGCCAGACUUGGUCACAUCAAUUAUGAAAUGAAAUAGGAAUCAUGCAAAAUUAAUGUUUUUUAUUUAUUGCUUUUGUAAAUUGAAUAAAAGUGGACUUUUAUGUAAAUAGACUGAGUCCUAUAUUAUCAUGGCUUCUAAAAAUCAGUAUGUAAAGAUCUUGUGCAUUCUUCAUUAUUAUAACUUUUAAAAUCUUUUAUGUAUUUUUAGAUAUGACUUAAAUUUUAGUUUUCAUACAUUAUGAAAACGUAACUGCAUACUCGGUAAUUGCUUCAGACUAAACAUAGCCACUAUAAUCUACUUCUAAUUAUCUUAUAACAGUAUUAACUUAGAUAGCUUGUUUGUACUGUGUAGUUGGAACAAAGGAACGCAAUGUUAUUUUUACAAAAGCAAACUUGUUUAUUUUUAUAAUAAUUUGUAUUUGAUGUGGACCAAAUUAGUACCAUUAUGUAAAACAGCCUCUUUUCUCAUAGUGCAAUUACAGUUUAGAAAUGAAACUUGGUCCUCUAUCCUUUCAUUUGAAAGUAAAUGGCUAGACUUAGCUUUCCUAGCCAGGCUUCUUGUUAGGAAACUUAAAACCAUUUUGAAAUUGCUUAGUUCAAAAUUCAUCAGACUAUUUUGAAUUAUGGAGUUUGGUAAUUUCCUAUCAUUUACUUUUUACAAGUGCAAUAAUUUCACAUACUAAGACUUCAGAAUGGAUAGGAUGUGUGGUUAUCGGUACCUGGUCCUUCUGGUGCUAUUGAUAUUUAAGUUUUUGUUGUAAACUAAAGUUAGAUUAUCUUAAGACAGAAAAAGUUUGACAUGUGAGUACAUGCAGCCCAGCAAGAAACUAAAUUAAAUUUCUUCUCCUGUUUUAGUCAAAUAGGGGAAGAACCAGCAUUACUUUUGUAUUUGAUGUGAAUAUUUAAUCAAUAAAGAUAAUUACUGUUGUAAACAGCUGUGAUCUCUUCAAAUAUCCUGAUGUGUUGCUGGGUUCAUCUUGCCACUGUUAAAAGUAGAGCACCAUAAGUUGUGUUGUUGUGAACAUAAGUGAAUCUGUUACUCAGUAAAAUAACUGUUUCUCAGCUAAUAGAAACAAGUGGUUUCAAAGCAGAAAAACUGGCAAAUUAACAGAAAAGUUGCUCUAGGGUAAUGUGUUAUACCAUCUAAACUUUAAAAACAUACUUUUAUUUUGUCUUGCUUGGUUCACAUUAACUGUUUUUAAGCCAUAGUUUUAACCAAUGAACUCAAAUAUUCUCUGUAUCUAUUUGAAGUUUACUAAAUGACAUUUAAAUUAUUUGCUGAUACCAAAAGAAAUAGUUAUUUUGGGGUUAGAGUCAGCUUUUGCUUGUACUUAAAAUUGCUGCUAAUUCUGUAAUACGUAUUUUUUUUACUUGGUAAAGGGCAAUAAAACCAUUAUGUGGACUUUUAUCUCAAGUUAACAUGUAUUAAAAGAUACAAAAGUACUCAUAA